GCCCACGUUGCCCUGAGGUUGAAAUGCACAAGUCAAGGCUCUCUUGCCGGGAAGCAGAUUGCCUUGUGGCCCUUUUUCCUCGCGCCCCUGCCACCUCUGCGCUGGAAAGCAGAGAGCCCGGUGGGCUAGGGCGGCCGGCAGCGCGAGAGGCCGGCAGACCGCCUCGGGGCUUAGGGCUCCGCUCGGGAUUUAGGGCAGCCUCAGAGGUGUCCUGCUCAGAGGAAUGGAACCUGCCUUCGGGGAAGUGAACCAGCUCGGGGGGGUGUUUGUCAACGGGAGACCCCUGCCUAAUGCCAUCAGGCUCCGGAUUGUGGAACUGGCGCAACUGGGUAUCAGACCGUGUGACAUCAGCCGGCAGCUCCGCGUUUCCCACGGCUGUGUCAGCAAAAUCCUGGCUCGCUACAACGAGACCGGCUCCAUCCUACCGGGGGCUAUCGGAGGCAGCAAGCCUCGGGUCACCACCCCCACGGUGGUAAAACAUAUCCGGACCUACAAACAAAGGGAUCCGGGCAUCUUCGCCUGGGAGAUCCGGGAUCGCCUCCUGGCCGAUGGCGUGUGUGACAAGUACAACGUGCCGUCGGUCAGCUCCAUCAGCCGCAUCCUCCGGAACAAAAUCGGCAACCUGUCUCAGCAGAAUCACUACGACUCCUACAAGCAGCACCAGCCGCCCCCACAGCCCGCUCUGCCCUACAACCACAUCUACUCCUACCCCAGCCCCAUCGCCGCUGCGGGAGCCAAGGUGCCCACUCCCCCAGGGGUGCCCGCGAUUCCCAGCACCAUGGCCAUGCCCCGGACGUGGCCGUCGUCCCACUCGGUGACUGACAUCCUGGGGAUCCGCUCCAUCACAGACCAAGUGAGUGACACCUCGUCUUACCCCAGCCCCAAGGUGGAGGAAUGGAGCAGCCUGGGCCGAAACAGCUUCCCCCCCGCCGCCCAGCACGCCGUGAACGGGCUGGAGAAGAACUCCCUGGAGCAGGAGGCCAAGUACAGCCAGGCACCGAACGGCCUCCCAGCUGUCGGCAGUUUCGUGUCUGCACCGGCCAUGCCUCCCUAUGCCACGCCAGCCCAAGUCUCGCCGUACAUGACAUACAGCGCGGCCCCCUCUGGCUACAUGGCGGGCCACAGCUGGCAGCAUGCCGGAGGCACACCACUCUCCCCGCACAGCUGCGACCUCCCCACCUCGCUGGCCUUCAAAGGCAUGCAGACAGCCAGGGAAGGCAGCCACUCAGUCACAGCCUCCGCUCUCUGAUGCAGGAGCUGGUCCAGGAUGAGCGUCCCUGGCGCCUGGCUCACGGACUGCUCUCCUCGUGCUGGCAGUACCGGGCAUUUCUCCUCCUGACUUGCAUCCCGUUGGACUUUCGGGAUUGAAAGAGUUGAAGGCAACACCACAAACAGAGGGGAAUGUGCUGAUGUCCUUGCACUCUCCGACUAAAGAUCUUGUGUCCCUCAAAGGGCCCGUGGAAACUUGUCUGACUCUCCUCUGGUCAAACCACACGUAUUUAUUCUUAAUCACCACAGACUUGUUAAAUGUGCAAUUGUUGUUAAGAUUUGUGUAGAAAUCAAUAAAGAAAAAUCAUCACAGGAAAUUCUGCUAUGCCUCAAAUCAGCAAUGGUGGCUAAAUAGAAGGUAAUUGCCAAAGACCUGUCUCUAGAGAACAAACCUCCAUAUUGAUGAGGUUAUGCAAUCCACUGCUAUUAAGAGAUCACUUUUUUUGUUGUUUUGUUGAGUUUUGGUAAUCAAAUAUAGAACCAAGGCAAUGUGCAGCUCUCAGAUUCUUCUCGCAUUUCGUCAUCAGUGGCAGUAAUACAUUAGUACUUUUAUCCAUUUGUAAAUAUAGGCUUUUGACAGCAUUUGUUUUCACUCCCCAGUACAUUUAUAUUUUUCCUUUUUUUUUUUUUCUUUUUUUUUUCUCCUUUCUUGGAAGUUAAAAAGGUGACUUUCUAGGUAUUUUCUGUGUCUUUGCGUGGUGGGGUGAUAGCCUCAGGUGAUGAAGUUUAGGUAAGUUUUUUUUCAUCAUGUUUUUGUGUGGAGGCUUCAGCAUCUCAUGAAAUACAGUUAUUUCUCUAGCAGAAGAUUCAAAGACCAAAAUCCAGUCAAUAAACACUCCCCAGUUGCACCCAGCCUCCCAUGUUCACAAAAUACCACAUCCAUGUUAAGCACAGAAACAGAAAUGGGUGGAAAAUAUCUGAACAAAACUGAAUUCUGAAGAGAAAAAAAUGCUGUUAGUGUGAAACUUGCAAGGAUGCUUACAAAGCCAUGUAAGUUAGCAAAACCACUGUGAAACAGAAUUGUACUGUCAUUGUCAGCUCACUUGUGUCCAGCAUUUUUGGCCCCAAGAUUAUAUAUAUAUUUUUUAAGAAGAAGUUGUCUUUAAUUUCUGCUUUAAUGAAUGUAAAAUAUGGCUCUUGGUAAAGUUUACAAUGUUGUUCUGAAUCAUUUUUUUCCCUUGUAGGUAUACUGGUGGUGGUGCUACAAACAGAUAUUAUUUAAUAUUAACAAGUUCCCUUUCUAGAUUUCUGUAUCCAGUGGCAAGUACUCUGUCCCAUUUAUUUUGCUUUAAACCUUCUUAAGUUUUAUCCCAAGAGAGCUAACAUUCUGAUCUUUGAAAAUUUACCUGUUUUCCUUGGGCAAUAAUAAAGUUCUGAAUAUUAUUCCAGAAUGCUUUCCACAUGCUGUAGGUAUGUUCAGAAUAUGAACAUGGAAAAAAUAUAAAGAUUGGUGUGAGAUUUCAUAUCCUUCAUAGAAUAUUAAUAUAUUGUAUAUUUUUAUAAAUGUUGUGCAAUAACUUAAAUUACAGCAAAGAUGGUUAAAACAAAGGAGAAAACGUCAUUCUUCAAAUAUUGCUCUAUCUGCGUACAAUAUUAAACAUCCAUUCAGUGGGAAGGUAGAAUACAGUCCUCUCUUAAAAUACAUUCCUCUCUUUGUAGAUUUCCAGGUUUCAUCACUGAAACAACAGUGGGCAAUUUUUCCUAAUAAUAGAAGUAAUCAGUACAAAUGUUGUGUACAGUAAAUCCACUGAAAUACAGGUGGACUCUACUUAUUGCAGCCACCUUUGCUUUUUUGCUUUAAAAAACAGUCAACUGAACAGUAUUUCUGUAAAGAACACAGGUAUUGUAUUAUGGCCCUAAGGAAAGAAAGAUCUGAUCUUGAAUAUGAUCCCAUACUCUCAGGCCUCAGUACAGCAAAGGAAUUCAACAGCUGGUUAGCUUUAAUGAGAUGCUUAAGCCAUUGCUAUUCAGUAGAACACUUUUUAACAGACUGCUGGAAACCACUACUUGUAAUGAAAUUUGCACACAAGUGCAUUUCCACACUGCCGUACUAUUAGUAGGGUGACUGAUCCUAUUCUGUUUUUACAUAGAGUUGAAAUAAGAUAAAAGUUUAUGCAGCCACCAUGAAAAAUAAAUUGGUUUAACUGUAGACUAGCUCUUUACUAAAAAUAAACUAGGAAUUAAAGAAAAAAAAAAGGAAAAGAUCACGAGUCAAUAACUGAUUUAGUUGACAAUAGAAUUUUAGCUUUCAACCUUUUCUUUCCUGGAUAAUGGAAUUAUUGAUUAAGUCUACCUAUUGUUACCCAUGCAACACAGGCAAUAUACAUCUAAGGAAAAAGUGAUAAAAAGAUAAAGGACAAGCAGCCUUUCAAAGCACAGAUUUUUGAGCUCCAAGGAUUCACAAGCCUGCAAUGAAGUGCACCUAUGUUAAAAGUUUUCCGUGUUUUCCAGUGCAACAAGGAAAUUUCUGGGAUAUAAGUCUUCUUAUCUGAGAUUCCCAUGAGGCAUUAGUGUGUUAUGGAAGAUAGAAAAACAGUUCCUCAGCUUGUAUGAGUUGCUUGAAUUAUCUUGUCUUCAUCUUAAUUGGGAUAAUUUUUUAAAGCCAGGACAAGACAUUUUAUUAAUUAAUCUUCAUCUGUGAACACACACACACCAUCAUGAACUAUUUUUUGUUUGUUUGUUUGUUUCAGUACAGUUUGUGCUUCAUGCAUUUGCCUGUUGUAAAUACCACCUUAUACCUGUGUGGAAAGUCAGUAGGACUGCAUGCAGGAAGAGUCGCUCAGCAUGAGCAAAGGUGCCUGACCUUGGCCCUUGGUGACUGGCUUUUUUUUUGGUCAAAUUUCAUAACUAUUUUUUUAAUGUAAACCUAUGAUGCAGAAUAUUUCUUUGCCCAAGGACUCUUUUUACUGCUUAUACUCAUGGGUAAACUGAAAAACACAGCACGUUAGCUUAUUAGCCAUACAUCUUUAAGCUACUUUACAAUAAACAAAGGAAAAAAAGAGAAAUUGUUUUUCAAGUAAUAAAUAGAAGUCAACUCCUGCUGUAAGGAACAGGGGUGUAAAUCUGGAAUGAACUCACUGAGGUGAAUGGGUUAAUCUGGGAGAUGUGCAGUAUACAUGAGUGCA